AUGGGAGGGACGAAGAGCAAGAUUUCUCUUGAAGAUUACCUCCAAUUUUUUCUAUCUCACAAGCAAUUCGGUCUCUCCGCCAAUUUUCUCAAUCAGAUUAUCCUCAUGCACGGCUUCAAGAAACUCCACGGAGUCCCUAAGAAAGUGUUAUCAGAUGCGGUGGAUACAAUAGAUCUGGAGAAUCUCUCACGCUCCACACUGAAAGACAAAAACGAAAUAUCGUCGGGCGCAUUCAUGAAUGUGGAAGACAUUGUGGCAGAUAUGAAUGAGCUCGAUUGGCAGGAGUGCUGCGUCACUUCCAUCCACACACUGAACGCAAAAUCAGAACCCCAAGCUGUAGCAGGAGGCACAAGGAAGAGGAAGAGAGGUAGUAGCAGUGCAGGUGCUGCUAUUGAUGCGGUGUCUACUACUGCUCUUAAAAUAUGCCUAGGACGCGGUGGCAUGCCCUUGCUAGAAGAUGGUGUAAAUAAAAUUUCACUUCCUCCUUUUAUUUUCUUAGAAAAAGGAACACUCAAGUCAUCAUCGAAAAGCUACAAGGCUCCAAUGAAAGUGGGAAAGAACUGGGGCAUCCCUUGCUGGUCUUUCUUAUCGCAACUUAAAGAGAAGAAGAAGAAGAAGACGGUCAGGGGUUUAAGAAGAGAAGAAGAAGAAGAAGACGGUCAGGGGUUUAAGCCCAUGGGUGGCAGAGUCAUCUACUCCCUCAUGUUUUUCUUACUCGGUCUCUUCCUUUCUUCAGGUUUAAGUGUUACAAAAAGGUUAGCGAAUGACAAUAGUAAACAAGCAGACCAUGGAACAAAGCAAGCUGUAGUGCAUAUGAAUUCUAUUUCCAGGAGCCAAAAGGACAUUACUACCCCAAUAACAACUGUUCCCACAAUUAUUCCCACCAAUCCCACUACAUCAACCCCAAUAAUAAACCCAAAUUCAGACCCUGAUUCAAUAUCACCUGCUACCAUGACACCAAUGGUAACCCCAGCUUCAACAUCAUCACCUGUAUCUUCUGGAGCUAGCUGGUGUAUUGCUAGCCAAAGUGCAUCACCAAUAGCGUUGCAAGUUGCUUUGGACUAUGCUUGUGGCUUUGGUGGUGCUGAUUGCUCAGCAAUUCUGUCUAGUGGAAGCUGUUACAAUCCAAACACUGUCCAUGAUCAUGCCUCUUAUGCGUUCAACAGCUAUUAUCAGAAGAAUCCAGUACCCAGUAGCUGUAAUUUUGGAGGAAAUGCUGUUACUACUAGCACUAAUCCAAGUACUGGGACGUGUCAGUUUCCGUCCACUAGCACAAGCUCAUCAGUCUUGAACACCACAAAUUCAAAUGGUGCCACGGUUUAUGGUGCAGUACCUUCAAAUCCUACCCCAUCGGAAGCUGCCAAAAUUAACGAGACUCCACAUUUUAUGUCCGUGACAUUUCUGAUUAUGUUGCUGGCUAAAUUAACAUCAUCUCUGGGCUACAGGGGAUAA